CAUCUCCCGUGGGAUGAUGAGAUGCUGGUGUUCGGAAGCAAUCGCAGCUUCAUAAGGAAGCUGGCCUCCCAUCUUCCCAUCCAGGCUGGCCGGAGAGUCUACCUCCCGCUGCUGUCGAUGACGGAAUAUCGGUACAACCCGGAGCGCGUGCGAGCAUUCGGCAGCAUGGAGUCUCUCGACUCGCUCUCCACCUACAGUGGCACGUGUAGUGAGGAUGCUAAACCCUCCAUCGCACCUCUCACCGACGUAGGCUGGCUCAACGAAGAGUGUGCAACGUCCACGAAACUAAGAGUGGAGAUGUUUGCUAACAACCUGAAGCAAUCCAGAGGUGCUAGUUGUCAGCCAGAUGAUGGUGAAUGCCCCAGAGCAAGCACGCCUAUAUUAGAGGUGUCUCAGCAGUCGUCGUUCACGUCGCACCGGUCCUUCAUGACAACGCAAUCGUCGUUCAGCGACCCGACCGCCAUGACGAAGAUCUCGGCAUUAGAGGACGAGCUGGUGACGCUACGGCAGCAGAUAGCUCUCAUUCUCACCACGCAGAAUGCAGCGCCGCACACGCCGUGUGCACCUCUUCCGACGCCGGUGACGCCGGCGGACCAGCAGACGUGCUUCCCUAUGCCCACCCCUCCUCCUCCUCCUCCUCCUGCUCCUAUAGCACCCCCUCCCCCUCCUCCUCUUGGUCUAUCGACAAAUACGUUGGUGCAGGAUUUAAUCAAACAGAGGAAAGGUGCUAAUCAAUCUAAAUCACCGGUAAAGAUGAUAAAGACGAUAAAUAUGUCCGAAGUGUUGCAAGGACUAGGAACUGUUAAACUACGUCAGAUAAAACGCUCACCAGGGGGCACCCCUGUGCGAAAGGACCCGUUACCCUGCAUCACACAGGACCCAACCAUGUUGAUUGCUCAGGCAUUGAAGAAGAAAUUCGCACAUUGCUACGUAUGGAGUCCAGACAAGGAGAAUCGGAUGUCUCCCGAGGGAAGUCCAGUAGAAAGGAGAACCCCGCCAUUCGGACCACACCUACUAAAGCCGAUGGUCAAGCGAAAGUCGGGGCUCACGGAGAGGCAGUCACUCACUUCCAGCCCUCUCACCGAGCUAAACAUAUGAUCGCCGCACGGGGGCGCCACAGGCACACUCGCUCGGAAGGAUUGCCGCACGGGGGCGCCACAGGCACACUCGCUCGGAAGGAUUGCCGCACG